AUGGUGGGCUUGCUCAGUCUACCCGAUGAGCUGCUUGUAUUCAUCGUGCGUGGUCUGGAUAGCCAGCCAUCCAUCUUGAAUCUCGCCAAAACCAGUCGCAGAUUGUUCAACCUCGCUAUCUCCGAGCUGUACUGUUGCAACGCGCUAGCAGCCUCAUUGAAACGAGAAGAAAGAUAUGCCAAUGCCCAGAGAGACGAAGAGGAACGGAGCCAGGAAGACAGCCUCGAUGGCGACUUCUCUGACUACGACUCGGACAUGACAUUAGGCAGUGCGGGGGAUGAGGACGAUCUCAAUGGUGAGGCCGAACUUUAUAGAUUGGACGACCAGGCCAUCUAUUGGGCCAUAGACAAGGGAAGGUUAGAUACGCUGCAGAGGGCACAAGACGCAGGAGUUGCCACCAACGAUGUCCGCCUUGUUCGUCUUGCUGCCACAACCGGCAACCUGACUAUUCUCGAGCAUCUGCUCCAGGACAGCCAAAAUGCUCAUCACCUCACGGAAAAAAGUGGAAGUCGGCUUAUAGAAGUAGCCUCUCGUGGGGGUCAUGUCAAAGUCGUCGAGAAACUCUUUGACCUAGGUGCAACAAUAUCAGUUCAGCCUUGGCGCUCUCUCCAUGCUGCGGCCGUUGCACAAUACAUGAUGGACGACGACGAUGAUGACGACGAAGACGAAGCAGAUGUCAAAUGUAAACUCCUCAUCCGGCUUCUGAUAGAAAAUGGCGCCAACGUGAAUGCCCUCAACGACGAAGGCGAAACUGCCCUUUACUGCGCCAUAAGGAACGGCUCAACCAGCGCGUGCGCCGCACUUUUGGAUCACGGGGCCGACAUCAAUGCCUUGGACUCUGGCGGAAAGACAAUGCUAAUGGCAGCCAUAAUGAUGCGCCGUGAUUGCUCAAAGACGGCCUUACUUCUUCAAAGAGGCGCCGACGUAAUGAGUCGAGACCGGGAGGGGAACCUGCCACUCACCGUAGCCGUCGAGUGGUCUUCGAAGAUGAUUGUACAGAUGCUUUUGCAGCGCAAUGCCGACACCAACGCUGCAAAUGAGUCAGGUUGCACACCUCUACUGGUAGCAGCUGCUAGAGGUGAAGCAGAGACAAUCUGGCUCUUGCUGGAAUUCGGAGCUGAAGUCGAUAGAGUCGCCAGUUGCGGAUGCACACCACUCAUGCAUGCUUGUCAAAAUGGCAACCUCGACGCCAUCCAAAUUUUGCUUCGACACGGCGCCGAUAUUACCAAUGUCAACGGUCCUGGCAGCACUAUAUUGCAUCUAGUGGCGGACAGCGGAAGGCACCCUGCCACAGAACUGGUCAUUCAGCAUUGGAAAGGGCUGUUAGGCAACGGCACAUCAAAAUCAACCACACUCCCCGUGGAUGAGGUAGAUCCCCUUGGUCGGACAGCUCUAUUCUACGCGGCCAGGGCCGGAGCGAGCCAAGUUGUGCAGCUGCUGCUUGAUGCUGGUGCCUCUGCCCAUAUAAAAGACCGAUUUGGCGCCACUCCCGUCUUUGCUGCCGCCCGUAAUGGUCAUACAGAGGCGGUUCGUAUUUUGCUUGCCGCUUAUCCUGCCGGAAUAGAUGAAACCGAUGUCUUUGGACUUAGACUUAUCGACUGGGCUGUCGACUGUGGCCCGACGGAUCUUGUCAAGCUUGUCAAUAAGUACAAGGGUGAGCCUGUCAUCACUAAAAUGCCCGGAGGGUUCUAUGGACCAUCGUGGCAUGAUUUCAGGCUGUCGCCGAAUCGACGCAUAUAUGAUAUAUCCGUCAGACACGGCAUGGUCGAAGCAAAGGCACUGCAGCCGCACUCAUAUAAAGCGCCAAAUGGGGCGUCCAUGCGACCAAAUUCACCGUACCAACAACACCUUGUAGCUAGGCUAUCCAAGGGAAGCGAUGUCAUCGUGUAUGCUGUUCCUUCAGGAACCCGUUUGCCCGAUGACUUGGUGCUGGUACAUGAGCGUACCGACCAUUUCUCUCUACAGCCAGCUCGGAGUAUGACUCUGGACGCAAAAUAA